AUGGGAAAAGAAGUGAAGAGAAAGAAAGAAGGGGAAGAGGAAAAGGGAAAAUACAAGAAGAGAAAAUGGAAAGGGAAAGGGGAAGGCAUGAGACGGGAAAAGGAAAAGAGGAAAAUAAUUGAAAGUAGAAGGAGAGUGCGACAUAAAAAAGAGAAAGGGAAAAGGAAGCAGAAUGGAAAUGAAAGAGGAAGGAGGAAGGAGGAAAGAAAAGUGAAGGGACAAGAAAACAAGAGGAAAGGAAAAGGAAAUGAGAUGAUUCAGGGUGGGAAAGAAAAGACUGAGCUGCUGGAGGUGGAGACCCAGGUGGAGCCGAGCAGACAGAGAGCCAGAGCGACACAGCUGAUCCGUAGGGCCAAGUUCGGAGCUGAAGGCUCAGGCAACCAAGGCGGAGGUGGGGAUCCGGAAGACCGCAGCGCAGCCAGAGUGACUGAGGACGCAGGCGGAGCCAGAGGGAAGGAGGAGCAUGACAGAGCCAGAGGGACAGAGUGA